CAGCUCUCCAAGGAGCUCGUUACGGGAGAGGGGCGGCGGCUGUGGCGCUGGGAGGCCGGCCUGUGUUGGGAGGAGGAGGAGAAGAGAGGGAAGAUGUCGGUAGCCGGCGGUGGGGGGGCUUUCAGUGUCUCGGUGCUGGCCCCGAACGGGAGGCGAGUGACGGUGCGAGUAGGCCCGAGCACCGUGCUGCUCCAGGUCCUGGAAGAAGUUUGUAGGAAGCAGAAUUAUAGUCCCCAUGACUAUGAUUUGAAGUUUCAGAGGACUGUGCUGGAUCUUUCUCUACAAUGGAGGUUUGCCAAUCUACCCAACAAUGCCAAACUGGAAAUGAUGCCAGUCUCUCAUAAUAGAGCAGGAACUGAAACCACAGUACGAAUUGCACUGCAGCUGGAUGAUGGUUCUAGGAUCCAAGACACAUUUCAUUCUAGCCAGACCUUGUGGGAUAUUCUUCAUCAUUUUGCACAGACCAGGGAAUACGUGGAGCAGCAAUGUGAACUUUCCCCCGUCUGUAUUUACAUGCGAGAUGAGGUAACUGGGAAAACUGCUUUGCAGAAGGCGAGUCUGAAGUCACUUGGCCUGACCAGCGGCAAUGCCAUCAUCAGAGUUAUCACAAAGAAGACCACUGCUGAAAACGAGAAACCUGGGAGGAGUGACUCUCUUCCUAAAGAACUAACAGAAAGGUCAUCCUCUAGGGAAGAGCCUUUGGACACCUCUGUUCCACAUGCAGUUGCCUUCCCAACAAGCUCAACCUGUAGUGAUGAUCCUGCAUUUGCUGGCAUGUGUUCUGAUAAGCAGGACUGGAGUAAAGCAUCUCAGGGCAGCUCAGUGGAGCUCCAUUCUCCUUCGUUUGUCCCUGUUGCAGGUGAAGGACAGCAACUGGGUAGCUGUGGUUCUCCUGUAGCAAUGAUAUCUCCAGUAUCAGAUAUGCUAUUGUCAAACCUGCCAACUUCUCUGUCCAGUCCUGGAGGGCCUUCCAAGCCAAAGAAGUUAAAGAACAGUCAAGAAAAACUGAAGGAACAAAAAGAGGGUUUGGAGAGAGAGCCAAUUGUGUGCCACCUAGAUCUGCAGCAGCCAGUGGAUUCUGGCCUACAAGAUCUUCCUGAUGAGUUUUUUGAGGUCACAGUAGAUGAUGUGAGGAAACGUUUGGCCCAGCUCCAGAAUGAAAGGAAGCGUUUGGAAGAAGCUCCCUUGAUGACACAAGCACAGCGAGAAGCUCAAAUGAAAGAGAAGAUGGAGCGUUAUCCAAAGGUGGUACUGAGAGUUUACUUUCCAGAUCGCCAUAUUCUACAGGGCUUCUUCCACCCCACAGAAACAGUUGGUUCUCUGAGGGCCUUUGUGAAGAGCCACCUUGAAGAUCCCAAGAUACCAUUUUAUUUAUUUAUUACACCUCCCAGAUCCCUCUUGAGUGAUGAUGGUUUGACCCUCUUCAAGGCUAACCUCUUCCCUGCUGCUGUUGUAUACUUUGGAUCUGAGAAGCACAAAAAUUACUAUCUGAGGUUGGACCUGCUGGAAUCUGCAGUAUCCCUUUCUGAAGCUGACAUUUUAGUAGCUAGGCAAUUGUCUAAAUCGGUAACUCAUACUACUGAGCAACAUUCGAACCCUGCUCUUAGUUCCCCACCUGAGCCACAUGAGGCUGAUGAGAGUGUAAGAACUGGGCACUCAGAACUGGCAGCAGCCCUUGAAGGACCUCAGCAGCAAGCAAGGAGGGCUCCAUCAGGAAAAGUGCCAAAGUGGCUGAAACUGCCAGGUGGGAAGAGAUGAAGGUUUGGUGAAACCCUUCAGAGGGAUGCCUUGCCUUUUUGAGAAGUGACAGAUUCAGCUGCACCAUUUUCUUCUUGUGAACAUCUAGCAAUGUGCCAAAAGACAUGGCUUUACAACCUGAUUUUUUCCAAAAUAAAAUUGCAAGAUAUCA